GCUGCGCGGGACAAGAUGGCAGCGGAGCUUCCGGUCGCUCCGGCUGCGCUCCCGGGGCUGCGGCCGGAGCCGGGGCCGGCGUCGGCCUCAGUGUCGCGGUCGCGGUCGCGGCUGGGGCCGGAGUCGGCCUCAAGGCCGCGGCUGGGUCAGGCGCCGCGGCCGGGGCCGGCGUCGCGGCCGGUGCCGCGGCCGGGGCUGGCGCCGGAGUCGGGGCCGGGCCCGGAGCCAGCCCCGGGGCCCUCGCGUCCGCCGGCGGCCCGGGGCCAGGAGAAGCGGGCCCGGCCGGAGGGCCCGCCCGCGGCGGCUCCCCAGCAGAAACGAUCGCGCCCCGCGCUCGGGACCGGAGCAGCCAAGGCCCCGCCCCGAGCUCCGCUGCGCAGCCUGUGCCCCGCCGCGGCGGCCGGGAAGAACAAUGGCCCCCGGAAGGCGGCGUCAGUGGGACCUGCUCCUCGGACAGGCUCCGCCACCAGCACGGGCGCCAAGGGCGCCUCCAAGCGGUCGCCGUGGGACCUGCGCGGCAAAGUGGGGUACCUGCGGGAGGCGCUGCGGCAGGCCCAGGAGGAGCGGCAGGAGCUGGAGGUGUGCGUGGGCCAGCAGCGAGAGCGCCUGCAGCAGCAGGAGAGGGAGCUGGCAGAGAGGGAGACCCGCGAGAGCAGCCUCUGCGCCAGCAUUGGCUCCCUGGAGGCGGAGGUGUCUCAGUGCCGUGAGGAGCUGCAGACGAGCCGGCGCCAGCUGGCGGCUCUGGAGGCCGAGCAGAGGCAGCUGGAGGCCGAGAAGCAGCAGCGGGAGCAGGAGAGGGACACGGCCCUGGCCCAGGCACAGGCGCUGACCAAGGAGCUGGACAGCGCUUGGGUGCAGCUGCAGGAGACGCAGCAGCAGCUGCAGGAGAAGCUGCAGGAGUUCUCAGUGCUGCAGGAGCAGGAGGCCUCGGAGAGGGCACUGCUGGCUGUGUACGAGGAUCGCAUCCUGCAGCUGGAGAUGGAGCGGCGCCGCCUGCACAACGACAUCCAGGAGCUCAGGGGGAACAUCCGCGUGUUCUGCCGCGUGCGGCCGCUGCUGCCCGAGGAGGAGCAGCGCCAGCUGGGGCUGCCCCACCUGCACUUCCCCAGCGAGGACCCCCGCAGCCUGCUGCUCACCCGGCCCGACGACUCCCAGGUGGGCCGGGAGCGGCGCGCGGAGCUGCGCUACAACUUCAGCUUCGACCGCGUCUUCCCGCCCCUCGCCUCCCAGCAGGACAUCUUCGAGGAGAUCCAGCUCCUGGUGCAGUCGGCCCUGGACGGGUUCCCCGUGUGCAUCUUCGCCUACGGGCAGACGGGCAGCGGCAAAACCUUCACCAUGGAGGGCCCGGCGCCCCCGGGCGGCGCCGAGUCGCGGGGCAUGAUCCCGCGGGCCGUGCGCCAGCUCUUCCUGGGCGCCCGCGACCUGGCGGGCAAGGGCUGGCAGUACGUGUUCUCGGCCAGCUACCUGGAGAUCUACAACGAGAGCCUGCGCGACCUGCUGCUGGCCCGCGGCGAGCCGCCCCCCGAGCUGGAGAUCCGGCGCCUGGCGCCCAACAGCGACGAGCUGCACGUGCCCAACCUCACCUGGGUGCCCGUGCAGAGCGAGGAGCAGGUGGAAAUGUUGAGGUUCUAG